UUUUGGAAGAAUAUUAGCUUUAAGGCCCUGAAAAUAUUGGUACAGCUCUGAAGUAGAGGGCACUGUCAUUCAAAAUCGCGCUUGACCGUUGAGUUAGGCCCAGUUCCACAAUUCAGUUAAUCCGAGUUUAAGUAGUGAAUGGACCAAUCAGGACCCAGUUUAACGUAUUAAACUCGGAUUAACUCGAGUUGUGGAACCGGGCCUUAGCUUUAUAAAACACUAUACACGUUCCACUUGAUGCUUGCAAUGCUCGUGGAAUCAUUUCAUUCUUGUUGUUCACCGAAAGUUAAAUAAAGACAAGUAAUACUCGUAACGUUGCAAACGACAAGUGAAACGCUCUAUAAAUGGACAUUGCUGCGCAACUUUCCCGCCAAAAUAGACGCAAGCGACAUCUGUAACGGAUCAUGAAUGUGGGCUUCACUGAUAUGAAACGUGUAAUGUAAUUUAUUGUGCUCUUAUUGUCUGGUAAAUGUGUUACUCCUUUCAAGAGAAAGAAUAGAAAAUCAGCUAUUUUUCAUCGAUAGUUUGAUUGGUAAAUCAACUCUUGAAGCUUUUAUAAAAAUGUCUGGCUCUGUUAGCAAACUGUAUAAGCGGCCAUUCACUGUAUGUGUUGAGGGCAAUAUAGGAAGUGGUAAAACAACAUUUUUAAGUCACUUCAAAAAAUUUGACAAUGUUACUGUACUGGAAGAACCAGUUGAGCUUUGGCGUGAUGUGUCUGGAACAAAUUUACUGGAAUUAAUGUACAAUGAUCCAUCUCGUUAUGCUUUCUUAUUUCAAUCUUAUGUACAAUUGACCAUGCUACAAUUACAUACUUGCAAAAUACCAUCGCCAUAUAAAAUUAUGGAAAGAUCUGUUUAUAGUGCAAUGUGUUUCAUUGAAAAUUUGAAGCGUAAAAAUAUAUUGCAUAAUGCUGAAGUUACUAUCUUAGAAGACUGGUACGACUGGUGUUUAAAAAAUGCCAAUAUAGAAACAAAUUUAAUAGUAUACUUGAGGACAACACCUGAAAUUGUGUAUGACAGAAUGAAACAACGAGGUCGAAAGGAGGAGAAUGCAAUUUCAUUGGAAUAUCUGAAGCAAAUUCAUCAGAUUCAUGACGACUGGCUUUAUCAUCAAAUUCUGAAACCAGUACCAGCGCCGAUCAUAAUCAUAAAUGGUGAUCGAGAUCUGCAUGAAAUGAUAGAGGAAUUUGAUAAGUGUAAAAAUGAAAUUUUUAGCAAAGUAAUAGAAGAUAACAAUGCAAAUAAUACAAUAAUUACAGUACCACAAACAAAUUGCGCGCUACCGGAAAUUAAAACGGGAAUUUCAGAUUAAAAUGAGUAGAAAAAGCAAAAGAGAUGACUUUAAUUUAUGUGAUUAAAAUGAAUGCCAUGCAUUUAUAUUAAUUUUUGCAAUACAAAAU